AAUCCUCCGCAUAUCAAAACUAUCACAUCUCCCCUCGGUUUCUCUACUUUACUUUCCUAUUACAACUCUCAAUCAUCAAUCUACCGUGGAAUACCCAUCAACUACUACCACGAAUACGUUGCAUCAUCUUUCAGUCAGGGUAUCAUUCAUACCACACACCGAAUCUGAUCAGCCACCACCGCCGACUGAGCCCUGCCCUGCCACAAUGAGGUUGACAAGCCUCUUCACUUUCGCCCUGGCGACAAAUGUCGCUGUCGGCAGCAGUAACUGGUUUUCGAAAGCAGCAUACAACAAGUGGCACGAGACCGAACUGGAGCGCUGGCUGUCCGAUAAUGACAUUCCCUAUCCUACACCCGCUGACCGCAAAGAUCUUGAAAACUUGAUCCAGAAGAACUGGGAUAAUUACGCCAUUUCACCUUACAGGAACUGGGACACCGACAAGCUCAAUUCCUAUCUGAAGACCAAGGGCGUCGAGACUAAAAUCGCCGCUCAAGCGAACAAGGAUUCCCUAAUCUCCCAAGUCCAAGGUCAAUGGUACGAGACCGAGGACAAGGCUCAACACGCCUGGGCAGAUGUAAAAGACUGGAUUUUGGACACUUGGACCGAGAGCACCCUGAAGUCAUUUGCUGAUAAGCAUGGUAUUCCAGUUCCCCAGCCUCGAAAGCGUGAUACACUACUGCAGCAGAUUCGCAACAACUAUGAAAAGGUUGCGAAGAAGACCGGUGAAACUGCUUCGUAUCCUGGUAACUGGCUAUAUGAGACAUGGUCUGAAUCUGACUUGAAAGAAUGGCUGGACACUCAUGGGUUCCCCGCUCCUCAGCCCACGACUCGUGAUGAGUUGAUUGCUGCGGUCCGUCGUAACUCCCGCCUCGCAUAUCUCAAAUCGCAAGAGGAAAUGGAUGCUGCGUCCGCUAGAACCAAUGCUGCCUAUGGUGCUCUGACCGACAAGAUCAUCGAUGCAUGGAGUGACUCCCAGUUGAAGGAGUUCUGUGAUAAGAACGGAAUCUCUGUUCCCCAGGGUACCAAGGCGAACCAACUACGCGCACUUGUUCGCAAGCACCGCGCUGAGAUCUUGGGCGACACCGUGUCAGGCUCGGCCGCUAGCGCAUUUGGUGCUGCCACAUCCAAGGCUGGGAACCAAUAUGCCAAGGCUACGAACGAUGCUAGUCUGGCUGCUCAAGAGGCAUUCGACCAGGCUAUCCAAUAUUGGUCAGACACCCGGCUAAAGGCAUACCUUGACGCUCGUGGCGUACCUGUUCCCCAAGCUUCUAAGACUGAUGAGUUGCGUGCUUUGGUACGACGCAAUUCUCACAAAGCGGCUUCAGGUUACAACGCAUGGACUUGGGACGAUCUUUCCUAUGAGAACCUUAAAAACUACCUUGCCAACAGUGGCGACGCUGCUGCCAAGCAGGUAAGUGAUAGUGCCAGCGCAACCCGCGAGGAUCUAGUCAAGGCAGCUCAGGAUGCGUACGCUUCUGCCUCGAGCGUUGGAGGUGGCUCAUACGCUUCGGCCACAAGCUACCUCGCCCAGGCAACACAAGCCGCUAAGAAUAAUGUUUUCGACACAUGGAGCGAAAGCGAGCUCAAGGCGUACUUAGACAGCUAUGGCGUGCAAGUUCCCCAGGGCUCCACACUCAACGAGCUUAAGGCCGAAGCCAGGAAGCAGUCUACGUACUUCAAGUACGGUACUUCGGGCCCCGUUGACACUGCAUUCGCCAAGAUUGGCGAGAGCGUUAAGGGCGUUUACCAAUGGGUUAUGGGCCAAUUGGGUGCAGGUGCCACUGAAGCGAAGAAGAAGGCGAAGAACGAGCUGUAAAGGUAUUCAGUGUAUACCCGGGGUCAUGACUUGAUGCCCCCAACGAGCCGCUCGGAUAUGCGGGCUUUUACGAGAACAUGAUUAAGACCACGAUACCAUUCGCCUUGUACACCCAAGAAAGAUGGAGAAGUUUGUAAUAUUCUUCCUUUACGUAUGUGAAGGGUGUAUGAAAGUAUGGUUUAACUGGUUGCGCAACGCGGAUAUCUUGAUACUGGCGUACGAGAACUGUUGCAUCUGGUAGAGACCGCUGGGCCUGUAUUUAUUAUUUGGAGUUUGUCACGUUAAUAAAUUUACGAUUUCGCAAUAA